GCGAGAGGGGGAUGCCGACGCAGCGGGACAGCAGCGGCAACAGCACCAUGUCGGCUCCGGGCGGCGGAGGGGGCGGCCUCGGCGGAGACAGCGCCCACCAGGUCCGGGUGAAAGCCUACUACAAGGGGGACAUCAUGAUAACGUAUUUUGAACCUUCCAUCUCAUUUGAGGGACUGUGCAGUGAAGUUCGAGACAUGUGCUCCUUCGACAACGAACAGCUUUUCACCAUGAAGUGGAUUGAUGAAGAAGGAGAUCCAUGUACAGUCUCUUCUCAGCUGGAGUUAGAAGAGGCCUUUCGGUUGUAUGAACUAAACAAGGAUUCAGAGCUUUUAAUUCACGUAUUUCCUUGUGUACCAGAACGGCCUGGCAUGCCUUGUCCAGGAGAAGACAAAUCCAUUUAUCGCCGAGGCGCCCGCCGGUGGCGAAAGCUCUAUUGUGCAAAUGGUCACACUUUCCAAGCCAAACGAUUUAACAGGAGAGCUCACUGUGCCAUCUGCACUGACCGAAUAUGGGGCCUGGGUCGCCAGGGGUAUAAAUGCAUCAAUUGCAAACUCCUUGUUCACAAGAAGUGUCACAAACUUGUCAGUAUUGAAUGUGGCCGUCACACACUACAACCAGAACCAAUAAUGCCUAUGGAUCCAUCAUCAGUGCAUCCAGAUAAUGUAGAAUCAGUGAUUCCGUACAAUCCUUCAAGUCAUGAAAGCUUGGACCACGUUGGUGAAGAAAAAGAGGCAAUGAGCAUCAGAGAAAGUGGCAAAGCUUCCUCCAGUCUGGGUCUUCAGGAUUUCGAUUUGCUGCGGGUUAUAGGAAGGGGCAGUUACGCUAAAGUCCUGCUCGUGCGAUUGAAGAAAACGGAGCGCAUUUACGCGAUGAAAGUGGUGAAGAAAGAGCUCGUCAAUGAUGAUGAGGAUAUUGAUUGGGUUCAGACAGAGAAACACGUCUUUGAACAAGCUUCAAAUCAUCCGUUUCUUGUCGGACUACACUCUUGCUUCCAGACAGAAAGCAGGUUAUUCUUCGUUAUAGAGUAUGUAAAUGGGGGAGAUCUAAUGUUUCACAUGCAGAGACAGAGAAAGCUGCCAGAGGAACAUGCCAGAUUUUAUUCAGCUGAAAUCAGUCUAGCAUUGAACUAUUUACAUGAACGAGGGAUAAUCUACAGAGAUUUAAAACUGGAUAAUGUGCUACUAGAUUCUGAAGGGCAUAUCAAACUCACAGAUUAUGGCAUGUGCAAGGAGGGCCUGAGGCCAGGUGACACAACCAGCACCUUCUGUGGGACUCCAAACUAUAUCGCACCUGAAAUUCUCCGGGGAGAGGAUUAUGGCUUCAGCGUAGACUGGUGGGCGCUCGGUGUGCUGAUGUUUGAAAUGAUGGCGGGCCGCUCACCGUUUGAUAUCGUUGGGAGCUCUGACAACCCCGAUCAGAACACAGAAGAUUAUCUUUUCCAAGUGAUUUUGGAAAAACAGAUCCGAAUUCCCCGAUCCCUUUCUGUUAAAGCAGCAGGUGUUCUAAAGAGUUUCCUCAAUAAGGAUCCAAAGGAACGUUUGGGCUGCCACCCUCAGACGGGAUUUGCAGACAUCCAGGGACAUCCGUUCUUUCGCAAUGUCGAUUGGGAUCUGAUGGAGCAAAAGCAAGUGGUGCCUCCUUUCAAACCAAAUAUAUCUGGAGAAUUUGGUCUGGAUAACUUUGAUUCCCAGUUCACCAAUGAACCUGUGCAGCUCACUCCAGAUGAUGAUGAUAUUGUGAAGAAGAUUGACCAGUCUGAAUUUGAAGGCUUCGAAUAUAUAAAUCCCCUUCUGAUGUCAGCUGAGGAAUGUGUCUGAAUUCCCCAUUUCUGGACUGUGCCAAUUGUUACUCUGUUUGUUUCUGCAUGGAUAAACGUCUCCUCAUUUGGAUGCACUUGCGUAAAACGAGUAACUGAACACCUUACCCUUGCCACCUCGUGUGAAUUACUAAUUUUCUUUUUGUAUUAAUAGCCAUCCGGGACAGUUGUUAUGCUUGAACCUUUGGCUGCCAGAUUUCAAAUGUCAAACUUCCCAACAGUUUUGCCAAAAUUAGAAUUUUAAUAGAGAAGUUGGUGUCUGGGGCUCCUGACUGAACGAUGGGGUCUGGGUGUAUAAUCUGCCAAUACAGCGUUCUGAUAAAGGAAAGUUUUCUUAUUGCUUUAAGAAUAACAAAUUGCACUAGGAGAUGUAAUAAAAUACCGUUAAAGGACUUCCAUUUUUCCAGCAAGGGAAGUAAGACCUUAUGACUUCUGUAGUUUUAAAUCUCUUCUCUCUAAACAUCUGAUUUCCCUGUUCUCCUUAGAAGUUACAGCAAUGUUAUCGCCCUUCAGAUUGAGAUGACAGCAAGGAGAGCAGAUUAUUAAACUGAAUAGGUCAAGGAUGGCUGCCUUCGUAGGGUGUAUUGAUCCUUUCCAAAAGGAGAUGAGGAACUUGAUAUUAGAAUCAAUAGGCUUUGCUCCCAAAUGAUACACUAGGAAUUGUACGCUGAUGCGCAGAGAGUGCCUUUCUGAGCCUGCCCCUUCCAGCCAGGGUUGUACGUGGUAUAAAGUGUCAGUUUGAAUAAAAGGAAUUCAAUUAAUACUUUAAAAAGUUAAAAUCUGUAGAGUGUAAUUUAGCAGUAAUGGGCAGCUAAUAUUGACGGAUGUAGAACCUCAUACUGUUAUUUAUUGCUUUUACACUUUCUGUCUUAACCUGUAUCAGAACCGCAUUCGUUACAGCUAUGGCCAAAAUAAGGGCAUUGUUUCCUUUUUUUUUUAAAAUAAUCUUAUUGCCAUACUGUUGGAAAGGCAUUUGACUUUGCCAGUGGAAAAAGCACAUCUAGGAAGAAAUAGGUGCUGCUCUCCACAAUGACUCCCUUAACUUCUCCACUUCCAGAUGGGGAUUUGUAAUCACAAUCAAACCUUAAAUAAAACCUUAAAUCAAAAGAUAAUAGUAAAGCAAUUGGAAUAAACUGAAAGAACGGUUCAAACUAGGACUUCUGGGGGCUGUGAUUCUUACAUUUCAUAUUAGUAAACAGUGUAAUAUACAGCACAGAUAAUUCCUAUUGUUAAUGUUUAAGGAAUAGUUUUGAAUGUCUUAGGCCGGAGAAAUGCCAAAUGUACCACUUUUUUUUUUUUUUUUUUUUGGGGAAAAGGGAUUAAGAGACACUGAAGAGAUGAAUCUGUGUUAUAAUUAAGAGCUGUAAGGCAAGCUACACGUUACUGAAAGCAGAUUUAAGUAUCUGUAAGCACAAGUUAGCAAACCUUAUCUGAAGCUUUUAAUAAGAUUUCUGCCCGGUCGUUUUCUCUCCUUGAAAAUCCAUGUAUGGCAACACUGUAAAUUGAUAGCACAAAUCUUCUGGUGAAUGUUUUUUCACUUACAUGUCAGCUUCAAGGAGAGGGAUUGCACACGGUGUCACAGUAUGGUAUUUAGUCUGUAUUUUUCUUCGGAACGUGAAUAGGAAACUCUUUAGUGUUGGGCUGAGUUUUCAAAACUAGGAAGUGAAGGGGCCUCAGUUUUGGGGAAGCUUUGAACCUCUGCACUGUUAAAAAUCAGGUUCCCUGAAAUUCAAGUUGUAUAUUUUCAAAUGUAAAAUACCGGAGUAAACCUCCUUUUAAAGAGCAGCUAAGAACUUCAGCGUUUUGUUCGUGUCAAGUGAACUGCUUCCACGCAGUUUUAAACUUGUGAUGAAUUGUCUUGCCUCUGACUUCUACACCCGCAUGAGUAGUUUAGAGAUCAGGACUUAAUUGAUAAUAAACUUGGAAGUUAUUUAAAGCAAACAAGAAAAGCCUUGUCUCUACAGUGGCUUAGUAUCACAUGGGGUAUUAAGUAAAAUGGCUUUAAGUAAUGAAGGGCAUUUCUGCUGUUUAUCACAAAAGAG